GCCAUUAUUCUGAUUUGAAUGUGUAAUAUUUGAAUAUUAGUUUUGAAUAUUAGUAGUGUUAUCAUUUUAAAAAUGUGCCGAAACUACAUAGUGUUUUUCAGGUUGCGGGGUAUGUAUGACAAAAGUGUUUGUGAGUUUUGAAAAAUUCUGUAAUUCCAUGCAUUUGUCUGAAAGCAAUAAAAAUAUUGGUUAGGUAUUGAACAGCAACUGGGGGGGGGGAUUAUUAAAAAAGGAUUAAUCAAAAAAUUGGGCACGAAUUCGGAUUGGCCAAUUCGGCUGCCAAUCACACGCCCCUCUUCUUUAAAUCCCAUUCGCGGCCCGCGGUUCACUCAGACGACGAGAACCAGUGGGAGGCGACGGAGAGAUGCGCAAAGACGCGCUCGUGCCGCUGUAACAACGGUGACUUCCCAAAUCUCCGCUAGACCCCAACAUGAAAUGAAUUCAACAUCUGCCGGGGACGCGCGCUCCUUUUUCCCUCUCCCGCGGAGAUGCCUGCACGUUACAGGGACCUAUGCGGAGGAGCAAGUAACUUUGCCAAUAUGCCCUAUUGGACAUUGACAUUAAACACAGGAGAGUCCUAUGGAAUAUAGUCCGCACUGUCACUCCACUCAGCCGGCGAAAAACAAACUUUUCGUGUUCUGCAUCAUGCUGUCACUGUGGGUGUACAUGCUGUACUGCUGCGUGGGCUACUGCUCCACCACACCGAGCUUCAUGAUCGAAGAAAGAAGCGGUAGGAAUCCGCUCAGACCCGUCCAGAAUCAAGACCCGGAGGUGUUCCUCAAAAGCCAGUCCAGGGACUUGCUAACCAACGAGAGUGAUGCUGACAGCAAAGGAGACGGCUGGGAGGAAAAUAGGGGCGAGGUGGCUUACGACGAGGACUCGGGAGUAGCAGGUGCCCUGAACGGCUCCGAGACCAAAAAGUUGCCCCAAGCGAUCAUAAUAGGGGUGAAGAAGGGCGGGACGCGCGCGCUGCUCGAGUUUCUGCGCCUCCAUCCCGACGUCCGCGCGGUGGGAGCGGAGCCGCACUUUUUUGAUCGCAACUACGAGAAAGGACUCGAGUGGUACAGGGAACUAAUGCCCAAAACUCAGGAGGGUCAGCUGACCAUGGAGAAGACGCCAAGCUACUUUGUAACCAAGGAGGUCCCAGGCCGGAUCCACGCCAUGUCCAAGGACACUAAGCUGAUAGUUGUGGUUAGAGACCCAGUAACCCGGGCGAUCUCGGACUACACGCAGACCCGCUCAAAGAAACCCGACAUCCCGUCCUUUGAGAGCUUGACUUUCAAAAACAUCUCGGCCAAUCUGAUAGACUCCUCGUGGAGCGCGGUGCAGAUCGGGAUGUACGCCAGGCACCUGGAGCGGUGGCUGCAGUUCUUCCCAAUGAACCAGCUGCUGUUCGUGAGCGGGGAGCGUCUGAUCAGCGACCCGGCCGGGGAGAUGGCCCGCGUACAGCACUUCCUGGGCCUGAGGAGGGAGGUCACGCACAAACACUUUCACUUUAACCCCGCCAAGGGCUUCCCUUGCCUCAAAAGAGCCGAAAGCAACAGCAAACCGCACUGCCUCGGCAAAACGAAAGGCCGCACGCAUCCCAACAUCCAUCCCGGCGUGAUUCAAAGACUGAGAGAGUUUUACAAGCCAUUUAACAAAAAGUUUUACCACAUGACCGGCCAUGACUUCGGCUGGGACUGAUUUUUUCGUUUUUUGUUUCGUUUUGGGAAAUAAUUCAUUGUAAAAAGUAUAGACCUCUAUUUUAUAAUAAUUUAUUGAAAAUAAUAUACUCACUCGGCUGCCUAUCUGUUGUUGUACGUACUGCGAGUUUCUACUUUUUACAUUCCGGUCGGAUCUGUAAGCUUGACGUUUUGUCUUUUCUAAUGAGGAAAAAAAAAAUUGUUUGAUGUAGGAAUUUAGGGGGUGUCUGACAAAGGAAAAUAGCACAAUUAAACUAAUUACGGGUAAAUGAUGAGUCGUUCAUAACAGGCCCUAAUUUUUGCUUUAGUAAACAUUAUCUGCUGUUUUAUUUUUGAGGAUUCCAGCAUGCCGUCCUUCAUUUUAAAUUUAGUCUCAGCUGUUCCAAAGCCACAUUUUGUGGAUCAAUACUCAUAAAGCUGGACAAACCGUCAAUCGUGGCAGAAAAAAAAAUGAGGUUCGGGACACCAGCUGUUUAACUCUGUUAAGGAAAAGGUCAUUUUCUACAUCAGCGUUAUAUGGGAAGUCUGCGAGGAGGAAUUUUUUAACUGUGUUUGAUUCUCUGUUACAAAAGUCUGAGACUGUAUUUAUGAUUCUCAAGAUGAGAAUGGCAACGCAAUGCAGCUGGAUAGAAAUGUCCACCCGUGACUUCAUGUUGCUGUAAGAUUUUGCAUGAAACUUGUCAUGAUACGUUUUUCUUUAAAAAAAAAAAAAGGGCCUUUUCAGUAUGAAUAUGAAAUGAAGAUCAGUUAACUCAUUUCAUACCUUACAGGAAUUGCAAAAGGGGAAGGUGAAAUUUCCCUAGUCAUGAUUAUUUUUCAUAAAUCAGUGGUUGAGUUUUAUUCAGCCUUUUAUUAUGUGCUUUCAAAUGCUGUUGUUUUUAUAACGGACCCGAUGAAAAUGAGCUCAAAAUGAUUGUGCGCUUGUUUUUUUCCAACUUCGAACCAAACAGUCCUGUCAGAGGUAUUUCUGUGCUGUGAAGAAAUAAAUCUAUUUUUACCAGAGAGUAACACGUCGUAUAUUCUAGUGUUUAUUGAUCUGUGUAGCAUGAAAAGCAGGACAAUUGUUUUCUACACUGAUAAUAAUGAGAAAUGGUUCUUGAGCAGCAAAUCAGCAUAUUAUAAUG